ACAGUCUACUCUGCUGUGGUGAAAAUGAAGUCUUUCUUGUUCCUAGUAGCACUAAUGAUGUGUGCUAUAGCCACUGCUAUGGCUCCAAUUGUAAUGGAGAAGAAACCAAACCACUUCAAGCAGUAUAAAGUAAUGUCUCAUGGUGAUCUAACUGAUCAAAAUAAGGACAGGAAGGCUUCCAUUGGUUCAGGUUGGUGGACACUUGGAGAGAAAAAGCAGCCAAAAGACACGAAAGGAGAACCUGAAGACAAUGAGCCUGGUGAUGUACCAGAUGUCUGGCGCCCAAAACCAAUUGUAAAAAGGAAAAUAUACAAUGAAUGUUAUCAUCCAGUCUCUAAUCAACGUAUACAUCAUGGAUCAUAUUCUUAUCACAAAGAAUCCUGCCUCAUGUGCAUGUGUCCGUUUGGUCGUAUGAAAUGCGAGUAUGCCUGUUGAUGUCCAAUUGAGUUGCUCCAUGCAGUGAAACCUUCGCUAUAUUCAACACCACCAUUAUACUACAUAGUAUAGCUACUCCAUAAUAGUACAUUUUAUCAACUAUUGUUCUUUUUAUGUAAUUCUUAAUUGGCUUUGAGAGCCUAUUGAGAGAAAUGAA